AUGACGCUGUCUUAUCGCUGCAAGAUCAAACUAAAGGCCUUCAAGGAUCGGCUCUCAUUCUUCAGUCUCUGCAUCGAGACGUCCGACUUCUUCGGCUUCUUUGAGGAGCUUGACAAGUCCCCACAGCUGUUCUGGCUCGGAGGCCCACCAAGCCGGUCCUCGAGCGACACUCGCAAGGACGACGGAGCGCCACUCUCGAAAACACGCUAUCCCGACAGGAUCGACUCGUACGGAUACCGUACCGUGCGAGCGUUCUUGGAGCAGACCGAGGCAAUACUACUGCACGUCCAGCCCCAUUUCCGUCCUUGCCCCGAGCCUCCGCCAUCCGGAGGACGACCUCGAUGGCCAGACGUACGAGAUGGAACGACGACUGGAGAUGGUAGAGCCACGACGGUACCCUGCAGCGUGGAGCGCUUGGAGUCUGUGAGGUCACGAGCGAGCCGGUCUAUGUGUUUCACGCCCGAGAACCAUGGGUUCGUGGACAAGGCACUCUUCAACACCUCCCAGAACGCGAGUCGAAUGGAGCGGGGAUCGACGCCGAGAAGGCCGCGCGCCUCGAAAUCGAUGGCCUCGUCGAGGAACGACUGGAACCACGCGCGUUCCGUCGCGUACGCGAUGUGGAAGACCGUGGCCGCGUGCGCCUUCGACGCGCUCGAGAUCCUUGGAGAACGCUACCUGCAUGCGGGUCGCCAAUCCCAUGGCAUGGGCCUGUCGACACCUAAGUAUGCGUGGGCCAGGAUUGGCCUGACGCUCCUGAUCCCGAUCGCUGUACUGAACGAGUACGAGCCCCGGUUCGGGAUUGUGGGAAAGCUGUGCGUGAAGUGGGGAGAGGCGUACCACCACAUACUCUGCGUGCUCAGUCCUGAUGCAGUGCAGCUGGUCUGGACGUCGUCGUGCCGGUACACACGCGGUUACGCUGAGGCCUCGUUCCACACUUGCUGGGGACGUACCGCUCGUGACCCUCGACGCAGCUUGGUCCCACCAUCUACACCUGCGUCAAGACAAACAGAGCAGCUCAUCUUCGCCAGCAGCUCGAGCGUUAGCAAACUCAGCUUCAACAACAACAGCAACAACUGCAACUCCAGCUUCAACUCCAGCAGCUUCAGAUCCAGCGGCAGCAAUUGA